AUGUCUGAAGCUUGCUCGGCCAAAAACAACCACAGAUCCACUGACACAUCAGUGAAACACCGCUGCACGCAGAGGAAACCCUCACAGCUCAGCAGCACAUGUGUUGACCGACCGUCUAACAGCUUUGCAUCAGCCUGUAUAUUACUGAUCUGCAGGUCUGUGGCCAACGAUCGCUUCAGUGUGUGGAAGCUGGGCAUCACUCGUGUCCUGAACGCCGCUCACGGGAAGAUGCACUGCCAGGGCAGCCACCAGUUUUACGGCUCAACAGUCGAGUAUUACGGCGUCCCCGCUGACGAUUCACCAUCGUUUAACUUGUCGGUUUAUUUUCACCCCUGCGCUGAUUAUAUAAAGGAGGUUCUCAGUUCUCCAGGAGAGCGUGUUCUGGUUCACUGCGCGGUCGGUGUGAGUCGCUCGGCGUCUCUGGUUCUGGCUUAUCUCAUGGUACACCAGCAUCUUUCUCUGCUGGAGGCUAUUAAAGCGGUCAAACAGCACCGCUGGAUCUUCCCAAACCGAGGCUUUCUCAAACAGCUGCGGGCUCUGGAUGCGACUCUACGCUGAUCUGAAUGCUGCAGAUGAACACCAACAACAUUCCAGCAGCACCAGCCGGUGUCAGACUGUCUUUAGAAGAGGACUCAAGUACAUGUUACACUCUUUAAAAUACAAGUUCCUAAAAGGGUUCUCGCAGAAAUGCCAUAGAAGAUGCAUUUUGGGGUCCCCAAAGAUCCUUUCAGCGAGCAGUUCUUAAUUCAACCGUUUUUAGUGUGAAUAGAAUCUAAAGAAC